CCAUUACUUGGCCGCGACUCAGCAGCGGCGGAGGAGCUGAUCCGGGCGUACUGAUGCGGUAUUAUUAGGUGGCUCUAGCCUUUACAUAUGAACGCGUCAAAACACGGCCACGUUUGUGCUUUCUUCAGAUAAAAACCACCGUCUGACAUGACGCCGCGGCCCGUGUGGGGAUGCUGAUUUGUGGACAAAAAGCCUUUCCUUCCAUUUGCGUGUGAUCCGAGGCAGCCGACAUGGACAGCUCCUGCAGGCGACGCGGAGAGAAAAGACGCGGGCAGAUGAUGAUGGUGAUGAUGAUGAUGAUGAUGAGGCUGUGGAGAUGAGGAGUAUUAAUAGGAAGGCUUGAGUGUCACAGGCUCUUACUGUCAAGACUGGGGGGCUUGGUGGAGAGUCGCCGGACCAGGGGGGGCUUUCCAAUUCGAAGUGCGCAGUUGGAAUUAAAGAAAGUGCAUGCAGUGUAGGGACUCACAGGUGUAACAUCUAACAUGGAAGUGCUGUCAGUUCUCAAUUUGGGCGAAUUUGCCCAAAUUUUCUCCAAGAUGGGAAUGUUUCCAGUGUUUGAUCUGGCGUAUUACAUCGUGUCCAUACUCUACCUCAAGUAUGAGCCAGGGUCUGUGGAGGUUUCCCGCAGGAGUCCCGUGGCCUCCUGGCUCUGCGCCAUGCUCUACUGCUUUGGUAGUUACAUCCUGGCAGACAUCAUGCUCGGAAGCAGCCCCCUCGACUAUUUCCAACACAACAGCCACAUCCUCCUGGCCUCAGCUGUUUGGUACCUCAUCUUUUACUGUCCGCUGAACCUCUUCUACAAAUGUGUGUCUUUCCUGCCCGUCAAGCUGGUGCUGGUCGCCCUGAAGGAGGUCGUCCGCACCCGCAAGAUCGCCGCCGGCGUCCACCACGCCCACCACGCCUAUCACCAUGGCUUCUUCAUCAUGGUCAUCGUCGGCUACGUCAAAGGGUCCGGAGUGGCUCUCAUGUCCAAUUUUGAGCAGCUGCUGCGUGGUGUGUGGAGGCCCGAGACCAACGAGAUCCUCAACAUGUCAUUCCCGACCAAAGCCAGUCUGUACGGAGCCCUUCUCUUCACCCUGCAGGAGGCGCACUGGCUGCCAGUAUCUAAGAGCACCCUCAUCCUCAUCUUCACCCUCUUCAUGGCCACAUCCAAGGUGGUGAUGACUGCCCGCCACUCUCACGGCUCUCCCUUCGCCCUCAUUGAGUCCUGGGUUUGCCACCUGCUGUUCGGUUCCCCUCUGGGAGGCAGUGAAGAAGACCACCACCACCACGCAGCCCCAGCCGCCCCGUCCUCCCCAGUCAAAACCAAGGAGGAGCUGAGCGAAGGCACGCGCAAGAGGAAGUCCAAGAAGGCAGAGUAGGACAGUGUGCUCGACCGGUGGCACGGGGCUGACAGAUCCACAACAUCCACAAACUGUGUCUGAGCUCCCGUCAUGGCUUCCACAUGGUGGGCUCUCCCAUUCCUUGCCAAGGAAAGGGACAGUUUGAUGUUUUACCAAAUGAGGCCCUUCCUAUUCGCGCAAAGCGGUGCUUUCUGCAUUUUACAUAGUACACAGACUCUGUAAAUACCACGGCAUCAGUUUCCCACUUCAGACACCAAGCCAGCCAGCACAUUUUUACCUACUUAUUGAUGUGUUUCUUUCUCAUCCGUGAAAGCUCUGCAUCUGUGUGCAACAGUAUGUGGUGAUCCACUUUGUAGGAAACACUCAGCUGGUUUAGUAUUGACCUUUGUUCUACUGAGUAUCAGUGGGUUUUGGUUUCUGUUAGUCCAUCAAACCUUAUUUUAGUACAGAAAGAAAUUGGAAAGAUAAACAAUCUGAUUCCUGAUCAGAAAUACAAAUGUGAAUGAAGCAACAGAGCUGCUUUGUACACUGAGAUGAAGAGUUCCUUCAUGUCUUAUAAUAAAGUCAUGAUAAAAGUGG